AUGCCUGCUGAGCGCAACAACCGCGCUAGAAAUAACAAUGAGACUUCUAAUCUGGACCCGCACCGUCGCCCUCUGGCUCCUAGGCAUAACAAUUCUCCAGAGACUGGUCCCCAAAGAGUGCCAACCCCUCUCCCUUCCCACCUCCAGACUCUAGAAGAGCACUUCACAGCUGGUAUGAUAGAGAUGCCAGUUCCUAGGCAUCCCAUCUUGAGCUUCCCUUCUCAGCAGGAGUCGGAUGACUCUUCCCUAGAAUUCCUUGAUGAAGGCGGUUUCUGUUAUCCAUUCUCUCCCUUUCUGCCAAACAUCACUUGCCAACCCUUCCUCAUCCCAGGACCCCCAGACUCUUCCAAUAGCAACGCUGUAGUCCUACACCAAUUUCUUGGACCCCUGGAAGUCCCUCAGGCAUCAGAAGCUACCACUGGAUCUUACCACAUCGCCCCUGCACAGGUUUUUCCAUCCUCAUUGCCUAUGAAUAUCUCCUCCUCUCCAAAUCCUAACAGCCCCCUUGCCGCAUCCACUGACUCCCCUAGCAUGUCGCCUCUUGCCUCAGACGCCUCGGACAAUGGCAGCAUUGGUCAUCCUCCUAAUCUACAACUGCUAGCAGACAUCAGCAAAUACAUUAAGGCAACAGAAGGAUAUAGCAGCGAUCCCCAGGAGUUUGUAGUGUACAGCGACGACGUCAUCCAGCGACCCUCCAACAAUGUCACCCGAUACUGGUGA